AUGGGCGAGUCUGUGGUGCCAUCGAACGACUUCCUCGCGUUUACGGUGGAUCAAGGGAAGAACAUCAUCAACGCGUGUACGGCGUUGGAUGUUACUGUCGUCGAGUGCAACUGCCACCGCGUCAACACCGCAGUCGUGUGGGCGUUGGGCAUAGCCGCGAAAGGGAGAAAGAACCCAACGAUGGGCACACUCAUGAAGAAGCUGGCAGCGAUGGUUGGUGUUUUCAGCCACUCCGCAGUCAACAACGACGAGCUGAAGGAGCUCCAGAGGCUGGAAGAGGGCUUUUCACGCAUCUACGAGCUCCUCAGACGAAACGACACAAGGUGGUGGACCAGCCAGCUCAAGAUGAUGGAUCGUGCCCUAGCCUUGAAGAAGCCCAUUUCCGAGUUCUUCAAGAAAUACCCCCAGAACGACCGAAAGCUGACACCGAACGAGUGGACCAUCAUCAACGAGGUGUGCAGCCUCCUGGCCGACGUUUCCGAGAUCACCAUACGGGUGCAAGGGUCCGUGGAUACCCACAUCGGCCAGGCGAUGUUCAUCAUUCACGAGGUUAUCGAGAUGCUGGGGGAGGACACCCACCCAAUCCGACAGCCAAACGCCACUGUUGUGCCGGUCCCAGAGGAAGGCAUCCCCACGGACGACACCCCGGUGACGGACCUGACCGCGGAGGCGCCGUGCGUGCUCGAGGUGCUACUGGACGUGAUGAGAAAGAAGGGGGUGGGGAGCGCUCAGGUUGCUGCGGAGCGUCUGUCCGCGUUGAUGGACCCGAGGCGGAAGUUGCUUGGCAGCGAUCAACUCGAGAACGGUUCUGCAGAUCUCAGCAAGAAGGCCGAAGACGACUUGAAGGCGGUCAUCGCUAAGUUUGACGUCGGGCCGUCCACCGAGUCUACGGCGGCGCCAGCGCCAGCGCCAGCUCCGGUGGACACGGACCCGGCGGAACCCGCACCCAAGAGGAAGACGGUCUCGAGAUUGGAGCGGGGCACUAGCAGCGUGUCCCCGACGACUGGCAAGGUCACAUCUCCGGCAGAAAUGCCCUACCUAGCGUUCAUCGCUCGGUUGUACCUCGGGAUCGAGGCCACCAGCUGUCAGGCCGAACGCAAUUUCUCAGCGCGCUCCCACCUGAUUGGCCAACUACGCUGCAAGAUACUUCCAAGCAAGUUUGAGCGCACGAUGUUCAUCAGGCUGAACAGGCACUUGGUCGCCGAGGUCCGCGAGCUGGACGCUGCAGUCGCGCAGGCGAAAGCUACGGCAACCAAGACCGCACAGAGCUCAAUGGCUGCUCAGGGGGAGAGGGCGAACCAGACGGUUGAUCUUAGGCUGUAGACGAAAGCGGCUACGGGUGACAGCAGAAGUCUGGGCUUGCAUGGGGCCGCGGGAGCUACACUCAGCUGGUUUUCUUUUUCUAUUGUUCUUUUUCUUUUCUUCUUGUUUUCUUCGAGAGUACGCCUUGUCGUCUUGGCAUGUUCCUGGUUUUCGAUCGCAUCUAUCCGUCCGUCUUUUUUCUUUUCGUGUUCCAUGCUUUCGUGUUGCAUGUUUCCGCGUGGCUGUUCAGUUUGUCAGUUUCUCAAUUUGACGAUUUGAUCUCGUCUCGGUGGUGCUGUCUUUGCACGAAAUACCGUCAACCGCCAAAAGUACCGUCAUUGCCGUGAUGUUGCAGUACCGCCGAACAGGUACCGUCAAAAAAACGAAGUACCGUUAACCGCCAAAAUAGUACCGUCAUAUUGCGGUACCGUCAAAAAAGUACCGUCAAUAAAAAGAAGUACCGUCCACUGCCAAACUAGUACCGUCAUUUUGCAAAACCGCCAAAAAAGUACCGGCAAUUUCGGCCGUACCGUGAACCGCCAAAAGUGGUACCGUCAAAAAAACGAAGUACCGUCAACCGCCAAAAAAGUACCGGCAAUUUCGGCCGUACCGUGAACCGCCAAAAGUGGUACCGUCAAAAAAACGAAGUACCGUCAACCGCCAAAAAAGUACCGUCAUUUUGCUAACCGUCCCGUUUUGUGUCCGUCAAGAAAACUGGCACCGAGGACUACCCUGUAUUUUUUAGUGAGAUUUUCCGAGUUGGAUCUGGGAAUUGAAAAUUUCAACAGUUCAACUGGAAUUUUUCACACCGUACGAAACCGCCUUUCAAGCUUCAGAAUUCUGGGUUUCCCCGCUGACUCAAAAAAGACCAGUUCAGCGAUUUUCACCAGUCCGGCCCGAAAAACCACCAGUUCGGCUAUUGCGCCGCUCUGAACAGGUGAAAAUGAGCUGGUGUUUUUUUUUUUCAGAGCUGGUAUAAAAGCCCAUCUGUAUUUCACCUGUUUAGUUUUUGCGUGUUCGGGAGGCGAAGCGGUACAUAGCGAGAUCGCGUC